AUGCAAUUUCUUUUUGGAAUAUCAUCCCAGGUUCUCUGUUGCCCCUUUUCAGAUAAGCCGGUAAAACACACAAACCCCAAAAAAGGGAGAAGUGCGCCGACCACCGUCACUUUCCUAACAAAACGGUGUAACGUUGUGCUCAGUGACCGAACAACUCGUGUACGAGUGCCGUUGGCACGAAAUCCUUCCCCGCUCCAGUAUCCAACGUUGCAUUUAAGAAAAAAUAUUCCGUUAGAUCUUUGCUACGCCAACCAAGAUCUGCACUAUAGGCGGGUCCAUCCGAGGCUCGCGCUAUCGGCUUCGUCCUCACCCCCACGCCACGUCUACAUCGGGGAGGGCUACACUUUCUCACAAAGAAAUAUAGCCGCCCUCACCAAAGGAAUAAUGGGCAAUCACGCACAUGGGGCUUAA